CCUGCAAAAUCAACACAUCCUACCCUCUCGCCAGCGCGAACGCCAUCAUCGCGAUCCAGCAAACACCCCUUCCAGCGCCUCCCCAGCACGCCACGCACGCCUCAAACAGUCUACCAGGAGGCCAAAGCACUGUUCCGCCGAUGCAGCACGCCAACACGCUUAGUUGGCCGGAAUAACGAGAGGCAAGAGCUGCAGUCGUUUUUACAGACUCAUGCGGGAGUGGGGAAGCCGGGAGCGUUGUACGUGUCGGGCAUCCCGGGGACGGGAAAGACGGCGCUGGUUGAUGAGGUCGUCAGGGAGUUUAAGAAGGGUUGUGGCGAGUUGUCGCACGACCUGGUCACCGUGAAAGUCAACUGCAUGGCCAUGAAGGAUCCCAAGAUGGUGUAUGCCAAAAUCAUAGGCGAGAUCGAGCCGGAUUCGCAUUAUUCAACGAAGGAUGCCUUUAAGCCUUUGGAGAAUGCUAUUGUCGUUGUCGUGAGAGAACUAAUGAGCAAUUCCCCGAAAAGCAUCGUGAUUCUGGACGAGAUCGAUACUCUCCUCACCAGAGACCAAGACGUCCUUUACACGCUAUUUGAAUGGCCCCAUCUUGCCGGUUCCCGCUUGAUAUUGAUCGGUAUCGCAAAUGCACUAGACUUGACGGACAGAUUCCUGCCCCGGCUCAAAGCCCGCAACUGCGCCCCACGCCUGCUCAACUUCACACCCUACGACAUCAAAGAGAUCACACAAAUCAUCAAAGAACGCCUGCGGUGCCUCGAAUCCUCCGAAACCGACACCCUACGCGAAAACGUGCUCUCACCAGCAUCCACAACCAAGAUUGCCACUACGGUCCUGGGCAACAUGACCCCGACGACGAGAGCGAAGGUGGGCACGCCGUUGAUGCAGGAUAUGGCGAUUGAGCUCUGUGCGAGGAAGAUGGCGGGGACGGGGGACUUGAGGAAGGCGCUGGAUGUUUGUCGCCACGCGAUCGAGAUGGUCGAAGCCGAGUCCAAAAAGAAGGUUGCGAACGGAUCCGUCUUUCACAACAACUCCUUCGCCGCCAACCCCGCGCCCGGCACACCCACCCCUCGCCGCAACGCCUCCCUCACAUCCACCGCCGCCGAAACCCCCCUCCUGAUGGACACGCCCCUCUCCUCCCUCGACACGCUACCAAAAGUGACUGUGAAACAUAUCCUGAGCGCGACGAAUGCGGUGUUUGGAAGCCCGGUGGUGAAUCGGAUCAAGGCAUUGAGCUUACAUUGUAAGAUGGUGCUUUGUGCGCUCGUGGUUAUGGCCAGGGCACCCGGCGGCGGACGAGAUACCACCAUGUCGAAGGUUUAUGAAACAUAUGUGACACUCAGCAAGCACCCCCGCAUCGACAUCCAACCCGUCACCCGCACCGAACUGCAAGACGUCAUCACCAACCUUGAGACAGCGGCGCUCGUCACCCUCUCCAAC